AUGUCACUAUAAUCAUUCAUGUGAAGUGGUGUAUCCGGGAGGUUAGUUCUUUUCGUUUUAGAAUCACAUAAGUGAAUAAGAAAAUGGCACCAACGAAGCCAAAACCGACUGAUAAACCGGCUGCAAAGCCAGCCGAAAAGAAAGCUGCUGCUCCAAAAGCAGCUGCAUCGUCAACGUCUGCUAAGGCACCUGCACCUAAACCAGCAGCCGCCGCCGCCAAGGCUCCAGCAAAACCAGCUUCAGCUCCAGCUGCAAGUAAAUCUGCUCCAUCAACUGCAGCUCCUAAAGCUGCAGCAGCUGCUCCAAAAGCAGCUAAACCUGCAUCUGCAAAAGCACCUGCUGCCGCUAAACCAGCUGCAGCAAAAGCACCAGCUGCCGCUAAACCCGCUUCAGCUAAAGCACCUGCUGCUGGAAAAGCCCCAGCUGCUGCCAAAGCUACAAAAUCAACAACAUCAACUGCUAAGCCAGCAGCAAAAUCUGCAUCCGUACCAAAAGUAUCUGCUAAAGGUCCAGCUGCAGCUAAAGCCAAAACAUCUACAACUAGUGCUAAAGCUGCCGGUAAACCAGCUGCCGCUGCUAAAGCUCCAGCUAAAGGCGCUGCUGCUAAACCAUUAGCCAAAAAGGGUGCAAAAUCAGCUGUUGGAAAAGCAGCAGCUGGCAAGAAACCAACACCCAAAACAGCUCCAGUUGCAUCAAAACCCAAAGUACCAGUUAAAGCUGCUGCAAAAUUAGCAACUAAACCACAAAAGAAGGUUGCACCAAAACAACAAAGAGUAAACAAAGCAUUAGUGAAACCCGUUGUGAAAGCUCUUAAAGUUCAAAAGAAAAUAAUCAAAGGACCAAAUGGAACACGUGUACGUAAAAUCCGCACAUCGGUGCACUUUAGAAGACCAAAAACUUUACGUCCACCACGUCAACCCAAAUACCCAAGGAAAGCAGUUCCUUCAAGAAAUCGUAUGGAUGCUUACAACAUAAUUAAAUUCCCAUUAACAACUGAAGCUGCCAUGAAAAAGAUUGAAGAUAACAAUACAUUAGUAUUUAUUGUUCACACAAAAGCCAACAAACAUCAUAUCAAAGCUUCAGUUAAGAAAUUGUACGAUAUUGACGUAGCAAAAGUAAACACUUUAAUCAGGCCCGAUGGAAAGAAGAAAGCCUACGUUCGUCUAGCCCGCGACUACGAUGCAUUAGAUGUUGCAAAUAAAAUAGGAAUUAUAUAAGUUAAUUCUUGUUAUAUAUAUUUCAUAAGAAUAAUAAAAAUCUGAAAAUAAA